UUGUUUGCUAGCCUUGGUUCGAAAUAAAUUCCAGCUUCGAGGCACUGCAUAUGCAUUCGCAUUUCACCUCCUGCAUUGCCUCUCAGCCAGCCAUCCAGUGUCUCUACAAGAUGAAGGCCGUCUUUGUGGCAUUGGUGAUUUCAUGUCUUGUGGUUUGCAUUCUCGGGGAUGAUGGAGCUGUUGAGUUUGUUGUUCGUCAAGCAAACCAAGCACAAGAUCGAUGCAGGUGCUGGCUCCGUGGUGCGCCGCCAUGCCCAGGACCGCCCCCACCAGGACCGCCCCCACCAGGAUGCACAGAAAGUCCCAGUUCAAGCCCAACACCAAGCCCAUCUCCAAAGACCAGCCCCGCUACAAGUCCAACUCCUCCAAAGACCAGCCCCGCUGCAAGCCCAUCUCCUCCAAAGACCAGCCCCGCUCCAAGUCCAACUCCUCCAAAGACCAGCCCCGCUCCAAGUCCAACUCCUCCAAAGACCAGCCCCGCUGCAAGCCCAUCUCCUCCAAAGACCAGCCCCGCUCCAAGUCCAACUCCUCCAAAGACCAGCCCCGCUCCAAGCCCAACUCCGAAGGCCACUCCCAAGGCAUCAGGAGGGAAAGAUCAUCACGCUGCGACUCCAUAAGCACACGGCAUGACUCCACGGAAUAAGCCAGUGCGUCUCAGGGGAACUCUCAUGACUUUAAAGAGCUUUGUAUUGUAUUGUGUUGUUCUUGUAUCAAAUAACGGCAUUUCCUUGUGACGAAAUCAUACAAAGAACGUUAGCGCAUCAAAUUGAUUUUUCAUUGUUUGAUUUAUUUUAAUUUGUAUCUCUUUGCCAGUCCUAGAUUUGGUGUUUCACAUGCGCUUUUCUUGGGUCUUGGGCCUUGGCUAGCAGCAGAAGUUCCUCACCUUGUUGAAACUGGGAUGAUUUCUCAUAAGGAUAAUGUAUCUAAUUAACAUUUUCGAAAUCA